ACUACAUAUUGUAGGUUUCAUUCCAUUGCAAACAACUUGGAAUCAUAAAACCACAUUCAAAGUAUUGCCAACAGGCGACGUGGGCGAGGGCGAGGCGGUCAUAUCAUCUUCAAUCUACCUAUUACAAUACAUGCUUCAGCCUUCGAGAUUGUGUACCUACAUAGUACAUACAGACUUGAGGUAGGCAUAUAUCUACAAAAUUCAAGGCUCUCGCGCUAUAGUUAAUACUUUCAACCUCUUCACACUCUUCACGCUCCUCACACCCCGAAUAGCUUUAUCUCGGUUUUUUAUCUUUGAUUUUGUUUACUUUUUUUUUUAAAAAAAAAAUUUUCAAAAUCAUCUCAACUGCCAACUCAUCAUCAAUAGCCUCGUCAUCAUAAUUGGAACCUCUUACGACCUGUUGAAUAUGGAGACCCAAGAUCAAUCCACUACAGCUUCGGGUCAGCAGCCUCAACAACCCGCUCAUAAUGAGGCUCAAGCUCCGGAGACGAGUCAGCCUGUUCAAAAUGGUAUAGGUAUACUAGCUGGACAAGAGGCACAUCCAUUCACAGCUCCUGCGAUGGCCCUGCCGCCUGAACAUUCUAUCUCAAACAAUGGCUUUUCAGUCUUCCCAAGUCCAGAUGAUACUUUCGCGGCAUUACAGCGGACUUACAACAACAAUAAUAACAACAGCAAUGGCGCUUUUGCAAAUCCAGGAUUGAUAGUACCACUUACUCAACAGCCCACGGGCCUCAACGGCUCAUCUAUUGGCCAGCCAACCAACGGAAAUAGUUUAAGUGCAGAUGAUAUUGCUCUGUACGAUCGCCAGUUGCGGCUGUGGGGCAUGGAAGCGCAACAGAAGAUACAGAGCGCCAACAUUGUUCUUAUUACCAUGAAAGCCCUGGCCAAUGAGAUUGCCAAAAAUCUUGUACUGGCGGGUAUCGGCUCGCUGACCGUUGUCGAUGAUCAAAUAGUCACCGAAGCUGAUCUGGGCGCCCAAUUCUUUCUUUCGGAAGAAGAUGUCGGCCAAAAUCGUGCCGAGGCUGCUGUCAAACGCAUUCAGAAGCUGAACCCACGAGUGAGGGUGGCUGCUGACUCUGGGAGUAUCAUGACCAAAGGCGCAUCCUUCUUCGCGAAUUUCGACAUUGUCAUUGCGACUGAUCUUGGUCCCACCAUCCUCGCUUUUAUCAACACCGCCACUCGUCUCCACAAUCGCCAAUUCUACGCAGCCGGUACCCAUGGGUUCUAUGGUUACAUCUUCUGCGAUCUGAUCGAGCAUGAUUAUGUACUGCAGCGUGAUAAACCUAACGUGCCGACGACUGUCGGACAAGAGACUCGGACUCGCAGCGUCGUUCAAGUGGAGCAGCAAAAGGAGGGUGGCAAAAUCAUCGAGAAGGUCCAGAAACGUGAGCUAUACUCCACAUGGGACUUGUCCUCCGAAACCAGUCUACUACCUCCGGAAUACACCAAGUCCAAACGUCGUCUCAAGGCCGUCACACCAGCUCUAUCUUGUUUGCGUGCACUUUGGGCUUUCCAGCAAUCACAUGAUAACCGCUUCCCCGACCACAACAAACAAGACCUAGAGGCCUUCACUAGAUCCGCCACCCACAAUCAUCAAAUAUUGUCUCUGCCGGCGGAAACACUCCGAUCCGAGUUCCUGCGCAGCUUCUUACAGAAUAUCGGUAGCGAGAUAGUGCCCGUUACCGCCAUCCUCGGCGGGCAGCUAGCGCAAGACGUCAUCAAUGUCCGCGGCCAGCGCCAGCAGCCUAUUCAAAACAUGGUGGUUUUUGAUGGAGAAAAGAUGGAGGCGGAGAUGUAUCCACUCCACCCCGAGGGCAACCUGGGUAAGGCCCAGCUGGAACUAUCUGCAAGCUCCAUGAUGCCGAUGUCCCAUGUCGACGCCCCCCAGAUGCUCUCCAUCGACCAGAACGGCAUGAUGAUAGGUGCCGCAAUGUAAAAGUACGCAAAUGAUUAAAAAGAAGGUCGGUUUUAUUGGUGGUGGUAAAUGGGACAUAUUGGCAAAGAACCUCCCGGCGUUUUCUCUUUUUUUUUUUUUUUCAUAGUUGCAU